CAAGGCGACGUCACAUGCCGGAACUUGCAUGUGCACACAGUAAUUCCGAUGCUUAGCAUAUGACCUGUACAAGGUAUUGGCUACGAGCAGCAUGGCAGAGGCAGCUAAGAAACGCGGAAUUCAUAGAAUUGCAAGCCUUGCCGACGAUUACGACAAGGAGCACGACAUUCAGCCUCUUGCACAUCAACCCCAGAUACCCGAAGAGUCUGUUGAAGAACAUGACGCUCCGCUCGUUCCAAAUCCCAAACCGCUAAAAGACUUCAGGAGUCUGCCACCCAGUCGAAUGGAAACACGUGACCUCAUCAGUCUGUACUGGCAGGACGUGGCGGCGGCUCAAGCACAGAAGAAACCCGAACGCGGCUCACUGAGCCUACAGCUUGGAUACAACGUGAGGAAAGGACACAUUUGCGUGAAGGUGCUACAAGGUCACAACUUACCUGUUCUCGAUCCUACUGGGAAAUCAGAUCCAUACAUCAGUAUUCAGGCUUUCCCGUUUGAUGUGUUUGAAGACUCGGCAGCCAAAACUCAGCAAACGGGAACAAAGAAAAAAGACCUGAACCCAGUCUAUAUGGAAAUGUUCCACUUUCGAUGCAAGCCAAGUGCGAUAACUCACGACAAAGCUGCUGCAAUAUUGUUCACAGCCUAUGACUACGACAUGAUAUCUGGUGACGAUCUGAUGGGCGAGGCCGUUCACCUUCUUCCUGGAACGAAAGAAGUAGACAACGAGAGUGAAGUUGGCAGUCUUGAUGUUGUUGUUUUGCCUCUCUUGUUGCCCUUAUUGCCCACAGAUAUAAAGAGUCAUGCUUAUGCCGAACUGGAGAAGAGAACAUCAGACAAACAUGCUGUGAAAUUUAUCGAGGAGAGAGUACAAGUUUUUGAUGAGGCAAAGAGUGAGAGGAAAUAGAAUUUUAGACAAAUUGGCAUGCAUGGAGCAGCGUUAGUCGCUUUAGUUUACAACAGACUGGUUUCUUUCAGUUAUUUUUGUGUCACGUGACUGACUGACUGCUGUGGUCUGCUGAUAGGUUGUGGGGUUGCAGAAAUGUUGGUAGUGAUAGUUCUGUUUCAAAACUGUUGUAUUUAUUGUGA